GACUUAUCUUAAAAUAAGUCAUCAAGAAACGGCUUUUAUUGGAAGUUAUAAAUAUCAUUGCGGUUUAUCAUUCGAAUCCAUUCAAAUUACGCGGUUCGACGACCAAAUGGCUGCUCGCGCGAAUGUGAAUGCGCAGGCGCUAUUACUCAGUCGGUACGUCAGAGAUCCACUGAAUGCUAACCUUUUUUUACCGAAUAUACAAAAGCGUGAAUUCGACAAAUGCAGCUUGUAAACAUCAGUCAUGUCCGAGAAAGAUAGCUUAGAAAAAUUGUUAAUUUACCAGCAAGAUCUUCAAACGGAAGAAGAAUGCUUGAAGAAAAUAAUUUCCAAGCUGAAUGAUCAAGUUCAUGCGCUACAAGUUGAACAGCUUCAUAUUUUGAAUGCUAUUAAUAGAAAUACAAACGCUAAUGCAACCACUAGUCAAUCUUCCUCAAAUGGGAACAUAGCUGAAAUGAAUUUGAAAAAAGAAACGGUUGAUCCUGUGUCACAAGAACUGGAUCUUACGAUACCAAAUUUCCAAAGCAGUGAAGAGGAUGAAGAUGAUUUUGAUGACUAGAUAGUGAAAUUGAAAAGAAUAUUUAUUACAAAUUUUAUAACUAUAAAAAAUAAAUUUUUCCAAGAAAAUUAA